CGACAACAAUAAGCGCACGAUCCAGCAUAGGCAGCGGGAAGCUCAAGUCUUAUUGUGCUGAAAGAUUGACUGAGGCUCUACCAUGCCUGUGGCCUCCACCAGGACAGAGCCUGUGCCCCACGUGUUGGACGUGAUGAGCGACAGCACGACCAGCUCCACCACGGCCAAUGACCUAGACCUCAUCUACCUCAAAGGCAUCAUGGAGAGCCCUCUGGAGCAAGAUGAGAGCCUGAAAGAGCCACGUCUGUCACCGGUGAGGGAGAACAACGUGGAGCUCCUGCAGGAGAUCCUCAGGGAUCUGGACCCCUUCACACACCGCUCCGACACUGCAGCUGAGCUCGCCCGCAUCCUCACACAGCCUCAUUUCCAGUCGUUACUGGAGACUCAUGAUUCAGUGGCGUCCCAGGUGUGUGAUAGCCCACCCCCUAGCCCAGGUGACUUUGUGGAUCAUGAACCAGAGGACAGCCACACGCCCAACCCGCACCCGCCACCUGACGCAAUCCGCAUGGUGGGCAUACGCAAAGUGGCAGGGGAGCAUCUGGGGGUGACGUUCAAAGUGGAGGGAGGUGAGCUGGUGAUAGCCCGCAUCCUCCAUGGAGGCAUGAUAGACCAGCAAGGACUGCUGCAUGUCGGAGAUAUCAUCAAAGAGGUGAAUGGGCGAGAGGUGGGUCGGGACCCCAGGGUGCUGCAGGAGGAGCUUCAAGCAGCCAGUGGUAGUGUGGUUCUGAAGAUACUGCCCAGCUACCAUGAAGCCAUACCACCAAGACAGGUGUUCUUUAAGUGUCACUAUGACUAUGACCCGGCCAGUGACAACCUAAUUCCCUGUAAGGAGGCAGGCUUAAGGUUUGAGACGGGGGACAUCCUGCAGAUAGUCAACCAGGACGAUGUCAACUGGUGGCAGGCCCGUCAUGUGGAGGGUGGCAGCACGGGGCUGAUCCCCAGUCAGAUGCUGGAGGAGAAAAGGAAAGCUUUUGUCAAGAGAGAUGUGGAACUGGCACCAACAGGAAAUCUUUGCACUGGUGUUGGAGGGAAGAAGAAGAAGAAAAUGAUGUAUGUGACCACCAAAAACGCAGAGUUUGACAGACAUGAGAUAUUGCUGUACGAGGAGGUGGCCAAGGUCCCGCCUUUCAAGAGGAAAACCCUGAUUUUGAUCGGUGCCCAGGGCGUUGGGAGGCGGACACUGAAGAACAAGCUCCUGCUGAGGGAUCCACAGCUCUUUGGCACCACUAUUCCAUAUACCUCCAGAAAGCCCAAAAAGGGGGAACGGGAAAGUCGGAUGUACGCCUUCACCAGCCGCAGCAAGAUGGAGACCGACAUCAAGAACGGGCGCUAUCUUGAACACGGAGAGUACGACGGCAACCUCUAUGGAAUCAAGAUCGACUCCAUACAUGAGGUGGUCGAGGCAGGCCGCAUCUGCAUACUGGAUGCCAACCCUCAGUCUCUCAAAGUCCUGAGGACCUCUGAGUUCCUGCCCUACGUGGUGUUCCUCCAGUCUCCAGACUUCGAGGUGCUCAAGGCAUUGAACCACUCCGCUGUAGAUGCAGGGGUGGUUGCUAAGACACUGACGGAUGAAGAACUGAGGAGGACGUGCAACGAGAGUGAUAAAAUCCAGACGGCCUAUGGUCACUACUUUGAUCUCAGCAUCGUUAACGACAACCUGGACGAGACCUACCGCACUGUCAAAGCCGCCCUGGAAACGGUUUCUAAAAACCCCCAAUGGGUCCCUGUCACCUGGGUGUUCUAG